GUCGGGAAGUUGGAAGUCAAAUCCCUAGAUUGAGAGAAGACGACGAGCAAGGAGAAAUGGAGUUCUGGUGGGAGGAUUCGGCAAGGUCUUUCUCGAGACUUUUACCAGAAUAUAUGGCAUGAAUAUGGAUACUGUCCGCCGCAACCUUCAACACACGUCUGACAAACUCGCCUUGGUCCAAGAGACUCACAACAACAUGAACAACAAGCUCGCUAUGGUCCAAGAGAUACACAACAUCAUGAACAACGAACUCAAGCAAACCAAAGACUCCUUUGAGCAAGUCAAGAAGAAAAUGGAGUCCACCAUCAAGGCUCCCGACAAGGCUACUCAUGAAUUCAUCCAGUCGUCCAUCAACAUG